UGCUACAGAGUAAGACUUUGCUAGGGUUUCUGUGAUCUCUCGCUAAAAAGAAGAGCAUUUCGAAUCAAAGUUCGAAGGCGGCUUAGCUCUGAGAAGAUGGGUCGUAUGCAUAGCCGUGGUAAGGGUAUAUCAGCUUCUGCGUUACCCUACAAGAGAACGCCACACAGCUGGCUCAAGAUCUCUGCGCAAGAUGUCGAAGAUAAUAUCUGCAAAUUCGCGAAGAAGGGCUUAACUCCAUCACAGAUUGGUGUCAUUCUCCGAGACUCUCACGGUAUUGCUCAGGUCAAGAGCGUCACCGGCAACAAAAUCUUGCGCAUUCUCAAAGCUCACGGGCUUGCGCCUGAAAUUCCCGAGGAUCUCUAUCAUUUGAUCAAGAAAGCAGUUUCAAUUCGCAAGCAUCUUGAGAGAAACAGGAAGGACAAGGACUCCAAGUUCAGGUUAAUUCUUGUUGAAAGCAGAAUUCACCGACUUGCUCGCUAUUAUAAGAAAACUAAGAAGCUUCCACCAGUAUGGAAAUACGAAUCAACGACUGCCAGCACACUGGUUGCUUAGAGGAUGUUUCAAUUACUCGUUUCAGUCUUCCAAGCUCUUUAAGGAUUCAUCUGGUGGCUGAGGGCUAAGUGGUGAGGAUCCAGACAUUAAACUAGCUUCCCUUAGUUGUAUGGUUUUUUUUUUUUUUAAUCUUUUCAUUGGAAGAGAAUGAACUGUUAAGCUAUGAUUUACUGCAUUUGACUGCUUGUGCGUUAUUUACACACCCCCACACACAAAUAGAUCUUUGUUUUGUUUUGUUUAAUUAGGGUCGACAACUUUCAGUUUUAGAGAGAACGGGAUGGGUACAUGCCAAAUUAAUGUCGUUCAUGGCAACAAUGCUCCAGAUCAAAAUGUGUAAUCAAAAGCUUGUGCUUCAUCCUUUUUUUUUUUUUUAAAUAGAAUCUCCUUCAAUAUGUACCUUCAAUAGUACAAUCAUGUACAAACUGCUAAAAAAAAUCUUGCAAGAUAAUUGGCUAAAUGUCCAAUCAAUCUUUUUUUUUGUGUC